CCUAAUCAGUGAGGAGGGUGUUGAAAAAUGAAUCUUGUUCAACAGAUACAAUUUCAUUUAUGGUCAGUGAGUCAAGAGCCUAGAUUUAAGAAAGUAGAUGUGGGAAACAGAAUAGGAAUGGGAGAUUUUUCAGGGAUUUAUACUAGGUCCAGUGCUUUAGUAUUUUCAUCAGUGGCCGGGAAGAACACACAAUCCACAAAUUUGAUCAGCUUUGAUUUCAUGUUAAGGUUGAUGGAGCAAUGAAGCAUGAAGAAGGAAUGCCAGCUGUACAGUGUCCUCUGAACUGUUUGAUUAACUGGGUCUAAUAUAGCCAAAAAUGCCUUUAUAGAGCCUCAGUACAAAGUUACACUUCUUGCAGGGAAGACUGGAAGCUCUAGACUGAGGAAGUGUGCUUCCAGAAAGCAGUGACCUUGGAAAGGCUGGAGGGAUCACAGCAGAUAGACGAUGGUAUGUGAGCCCUCCGAGUAAUGUUUUAUAAAUGGGGGCUACUAUAAACAAACUAAUUAUUUUGUUAACACCAGUUUACAUCCGUGAUUAGAUAUUUAAACAGGAAGUACUGAAUAGGCAUACAGAGGUGAAAUUGGUUCGGGAAUAUUUUGACCAGCUUUAAUGCUAGCAUUUUUAAGGAGCUCUUCGAAAGAAAGGAAGACGUUCUAUAGUUCAAAAUUACUUGGAUGAUUAAAUCACUCGUUAUAACACUUCUUUUAAAGUGCUCAGUUGGUUUAGCUUAUCACGAGGUUUUUAAAUGUUCUUGAUUUUCUUUGGGCAAAAUAGGCUGUGUACUAAAGGACUCUUUAAUUUAGUGGAAAAAGAUACGAUAGCACUCAGUGUCUGGAAGGUAAAAAAGAAAAGAUUAUUUCAAAUUAGAAAAAAGGCACAGAUUGUUAACAAUGAACGUGAUUAGUUACUGGAGGCAUUAGGAAGAUGCCUGUACUUAUUAAGGGAAAUUAGGAUGUCUCCCUCUCUUGAAGUCAUAAAGAUAAGAUGAAAUAUCUUUCAAGAUGCAUGCAUUAGUGAAACAUAAGGUAUUGGGUCUUGGUACAGGAGUAUUUGCACGUGCCAAACAGAUCUCACCCAGUUGUGCUCAGGCUAGGUCUCUCUUUUGGCCCAAACUGGAGUUAGUCAAAUGAUCUGAUUAUGAUAAUUGUUCAUUUAUAGGACCCCUUUAAAUCUAUUAAGUAUGCAUUUUCUGUUAAGGUAAUAAAUGCACUUAUAUGAGCCAUGUAUUUAAAUGAAAUCAAAUGUUUGUGGCCUCUUUUAUUCUGGAAGCCCUGUGAUUUUUGAGGAUGGGGAAGGAGAGGGAUGGCUGUUUCAUUUCUUGAACAAACCAGAAUAUCUUCCCCAGUCUUUUUCCUCAAAAAUCUGAUACAUCUGCUAAUAUGCUCUUAAGAAGUCUGCUCACCAAUAGUGAGAGAUAAGCUUUAUGUUGUGAGUGUGGGGAACUAAGUCGUUUUAUUCCGCAAAAAUUACUUUUUCACUGGGGGAAGAAAUUGCACAUGCUUGUGGUUUCAGAAGUGGUUUGGAGUGUGAAUCAACACACAAGGAUGCAGUGUUGUUUUGUGUCUGUACUUUACUUUGUCAGGCAAUGCCAGAAUGAAAUUAGCAUGUUUAUUAUUCAUCAAAAAGAAUGAUUUCCUUUGUAUCCUGUCUGCCAAAGCUGUAAAGGAUGUAGAGAGAAAAAACAUCCUCAGCCAUUACAGAGAUAAAUGCUUGUAGGCUCAGUGGCCCAUUGGGACAGUUGGUUCAGCUUGUUUUCCUAAGCUCCACUAGGAGUGAGAUGGGAAUGAGAGCGGUAGUGACAGCAGCCUGUUCUUGGUAACCAUCUUUCCAGACAUCUCGAUCUUUUCCCCCAUCACAGGACGAGCAGGUGCCCAGUCGUGUGAUGGUGGAAGGGCCAUGGGAAAUACAGCCUUCAGAAGCUGGAUGCUUUGGUUGUGGCAGAUUACUACUGGAUGCCCUUUUCCCCCAGCUGCUUCCUAGACUUCGGUAGGAAAUGGGGCUGCCUCACGGUAGAACAUGAGCAGGUAAUGCACAAGGAGCACCACUGGGAAUCAUGUCAGACGAGUCAAUCUCAGGGAGUGAUCCGGACCUGGACCCGGACUUGGAGCAGGAGGAUAUGGAAGAGGAGGAGGAGGAAGAUGAAGAGGAGGCGAUGGAGGAGGACAAUGAUGGGGAUGACGAGGAAGACUUACUUGAUGAGAAUGACCAACCCCAGGAAGCUGUGUUCAGCAGUGACCAUGUUGAACAUGCAGAGGAUGGAGAAUGGCAGCGCUCUACUUCAACUACCUCAUCUCAGAGUGAGCGGGCAGAGCGACUCUUGCAGAACCAGCACAAGAGCCUGGCCUCUGAGGACACCAAAAAGAAGAGGGCUCAGAAACCUUCUCACAUGCGGAGAAACAUAAGAAAGCUGUUGCGUGAGGACCAACUGGAAGCUGUGACAAAAGCAGCCCAGCAGGAAGAGUUGGAGAGAAGGAAACGGCUAGAGCAGCAGGGGAAGGAUUCCCCAGCCACUAUUCCUACUGUACCCAUAGAGUUUCUUCCUGAGGACAUCGUUUUCAGAACAGCAGAGGCUACCCAGCUCCCCCCUCAGGUCCUGGCUGAGGAAGUGAUCUGCCUAGAUAGUACCAGCAGUGGCAGUGAAGAUGAUGCUAAAGGGAAAAAUAGCAUUAAAGAUGAAGUGAUCGAGUUGAGUUCAGGAGAGGACGAUGCCCUCCAGAUUGUGGACAGCAGUGAUUCUGGCAAUGAAGGGGAGGAAGACGGCAGUGAAGAGAGCAGUGGCUCUCAUGUGAAUGAUGCCUUAAAUCAGUCAGAUGCUCUGGGGCAAGUCAUUGUGAACAUCAACCAUCCACCAAAUGAGGAGGACAUUUUCCUGGCUCCCCAGCUUGCACAUGCAGUAAAACCUCAUCAGAUUGGUGGAAUCCGAUUCCUGUAUGACAACUUGGUGGAGUCCUUGGAGAGAUUUAAAACCAGCAGCGGCUUUGGGUGUAUUUUAGCACAUAGCAUGGGCCUUGGCAAGACCAUACAAGUCAUCUCUUUCUUGGAUGUACUUUUUCGGCACACACAGGCAAAGACUGUUCUUGCCAUUGUACCUGUGAAUACGCUCCAAAACUGGUUAGCAGAAUUCAACAUGUGGCUCCCAGCACCUGAAAACCUUCCCGCUGAGUAUAAUUUUUUUUUCCGCACCUUCAAAGUCCACAUCCUGAAUGAUGAACACAAGACAACAGCUGCACGUGCAAAGGUGGUGAAUGACUGGGUGAUAGAGGGUGGUGUGCUGCUGAUGGGAUAUGAGAUGUACCGUCUCCUCUCACUGAAGAAGUCCUUUGCCGCUGGCAGGAAGAAGAAAACAAAGAAACAAGCUGGCCCUGUCAUUAUUGACUUGGAUGAGGAAGACCGGCAACAGGAGCUUCUGAAAGGGAUUGAAAAAGCUUUGUCUCGCCCUGGCCCAGAUGUCGUUAUUUGUGAUGAGGGGCACCGGAUAAAGAACUGCCAUGCCAGCACUUCUCAGGCCCUGAAGAACAUCCGCUCCCGCCGACGAGUAGUGUUGACUGGCUAUCCACUCCAGAACAACCUUAUUGAGUAUUGGUGUAUGGUAGACUUUGUUCGACCUGACUUCCUAGGCUCGCGGCAGGAAUUCAGCAACAUGUUUGAGCGCCCCAUCCUGAAUGGGCAGUGUAUUGACAGCACCCCUCAAGAUGUCCGUCUCAUGAGGUAUCGCAGUCAUGUCCUGCAUAGCCUGCUGGAGGGCUUUGUGCAACGGCGAGGCCACAAUGUGUUAAAAGUUCAACUUCCCUCUAAGGAAGAACAUGUCAUUUUGGUACGUUUAUCAAAGAUCCAGCGGGCCCUUUAUACGGAGUUCAUGAACCGGUUCCGAGAUGCAGGCAACAGUGGCUGGCUGGGAUUGAACCCACUCAAAGCUUUCUGUGUCUGUUGUAAGAUCUGGAACCACCCAGAUGUGUUGUAUGAAGCUCUUCAAAAGGAGAAUCUGACAAAUGAGCAGGAUUUGGAUGUGGAUGACCUUGGCACAGCAAGUACUAAUUCCCGCUGCCAGCCUCAGGGAAUUAAAGUCAAAACAGAAAGUAGUGCUUUGCCAUCACCGAUUGGAGAAGCUACCAAUAGCAAGUUCCUCCAGAGCGUUGGCUUCAACCCUUUUCAGGAGAGAGCGAAUCAGGUUGUUACUUAUGAGUGGGCCAAAGACAUCUUGUGUGAUUACCAGACAGGAGUCUUGGAGAACUCACCCAAGAUGGUGUUACUGUUCCACUUAGUGGAGGAGAGCAUGAAGCUUGGAGACAAGAUCUUGGUCUUCAGCCAGAGCUUGUCCACAUUAUCUGUCAUUGAAGAGUUUUUGGCAAAGAGACCAAUGCCGAGUCCUCCAGGUUCAGAUGGUGGAGUUCACAACUGGGUCCGAAACAUCAGCUAUUACAGACUGGAUGGCAGCACCUCUGCCUCAGAAAGGGAACGCCUGAUUAACCAGUUCAAUGACCCCAGCAACACUUCUGUCUGGUUAUUCUUGCUGUCCACACGUGCUGGGUGUUUGGGUGUCAACCUCAUUGGAGCAAACAGAGUGGUGGUGUUUGAUGCUUCUUGGAACCCGUGCCAUGACGCCCAAGCUGUGUGUCGAGUGUAUCGCUAUGGACAGAAGAAGCCAUGCCACAUUUACAGACUGGUUUCUGAUUACACCCUCGAGAAGAAGAUCUACGACCGCCAGAUCUCCAAACAGGGCAUGUCAGAUCGGGUGGUGGAUGAUCUGAACCCGGUGCUGAACUUUACCCGACGGGAGGUAGAGAACCUGCUGCAUUUUGUAGAAGAGGAAUCUGACCCUGCUCAACUCUCCCUCAAUCCAAGCAAGAUGAAGGAGUCUGUUCUACAAUUAGCCUGUCUCAAGUAUCCUCACCUCAUCACCAAGGAGCCUUUUCAGCAUGAAUCACUGCUGAUUGACCGGAAGGAGCACAAGCUGACCAAGGCAGAGAAGAAAGCAGCCAAGAAGAGCUACGAGGAGGAGAAGCGAGCAUCCGUCCCCUACACCCGGCCGUCCUACGCACAGUAUUACCCAGCCAGUGACCAGAGUCUGACAAGUAUCCCUGCCUUUAGCCAGAGGAACUGGAGACCAGCCCUCAAGGGUGAGGACAAGCCAGUGGCAAGCGUCCGCCCAGUUCAAUCCACCCCCAUUCCUAUGAUGCCCCGGCAUGUCCCCAUGGGCAGUGCAGGAUCAGCCUCGAGUUCCAAUCCUGCUGUCAACUUCCCCAUCAACUAUCUCCAGCGAGCCGGCGUCCUCGUGCAAAAGAUUGUCACCACCACAGAUAUUGUCAUUCCGGGUACAAACACGUCCACUGAUGUACAGGCAAGAAUCAGUGCUGGCGAGAGCAUCCACAUCAUCCGAGGGACUAAAGGGACAUACAUCCGGACCAGUGACGGGCGGAUUUUUGCUAUUCGGACCACUGGGAAGCCAAAGGGCAAUGAAGACCAUCGGACAGCUGCCUCAGGCUCCCAGAGCUCUUCGUUGGAGUCCACGAGCAAUGGCAGACACAGUGCCUCAUCACCGCAGCUCCCCAGCGCGGAGGAGCUCACUCGGCCCAUAUCCCCCGACAGCCCCGAGAUCAUCAGUGAGCUGCAGCAGUACGCAGAGGCGGCGGCUGCUCGGGAGUCCCGGCACAGCUCUCCCAGCACCAAUGCAGCGCAAGGCCACCCUGCCCGCACGGACAACGUGACCGGCUUUGCAGCCCGAGGAGCUGAGCAGCGUGCAGGGAUUCACUGCAUGGCUCCCUCUGUGUCUUCGGCCCUGCCGGCCACCAGCCAGCACGUCGAUGGCCACUCAGUGUUGGACUUACGGGGCAACAAGCGCAAGUCGACCUCACCGUCGGCUCCAGAGGAACAAGCCCGCAGGCAGCAGAAAAAGCGCCAGUUGCCAUCGUCCGUGCAGCCGUACGAACACGGGUACCCAGUCUCUGGUGGGUUCACCAUGCCUCCUGUCUCUUUAAACCACAACCUAUCCCAUCCAUUUGCCUCCCAGCCAGGAAACUCCUUAUACAUGGGCACUGGCUCCUCUUAUUACCAGCUGCCCAAUUUACUCCCAGACCCUCAUCUGGUGUUCCCUGUGACUACUGACCCUCUGCUGACAGCCGGCACCGCCAGCUCUUCUGCUGCUACCUCAGCCACCGCCAGCGUCCCCUCAUUCAUGCUAAACCCUUCUCUGACGGGGGUGCUGCCCAAUUACUCGCUUCCCUUCACGCAGUCACUCCUGCCCGAGCCCAGGAUGUUUGCUCCUUUCCCAGCCCCCGUCUUGCCUAGCAGCCUUCCCAGGAGCAUGGCAUCUGCCUACCCUGGCUACAUGUCCCCUCACUCGGGCUACCCGGCCGGGGGGCUCCUUCGGUCCCAGGUGCCUCAGUUUGAACCCCAGGAGGUCCCAGAGGUGGGAUGCAGCUCCAAUGACGAGGACAAAGACGACGAUGUUAUAGAGAUCACAGGGAAAUAACGGGCCCAGCUCCUGCUCGGUCUCAGCUCAGCCAGGAGGCAAAAGUUGCAGGACCUUUUUGGGAGUCAGGAUUUCCCCUCUGGGCCAUGGCAUCGGGUGGAGAAGGAUGUGAAGGGGGUGGUGUGGGGUUUGUUUUGUUUUUUUGUUUUGUUGUUUUUUAGCUGUCAAGGAUCUGAAUUGUAUCGGGUGCUGGGAGACUGGGGGGGAUAGAGUGGACCUGUGAGGGCCAGGGAAUCAAGAGCUGGGGGAGGGAGGGAAGCAGCAAUGCAAACCGCAGGAGUGCCUCCCUCCCACGCUCUGUCUGUCUAUCUGUCUCUGUUCUCUGUCUUGUCUGAAAGGGGGAGGCUUGGUGUUGCGAGUCGCUGCCCUUCUCAGGCCUGGAGGCGCAGGCUUGACUGCUGGCAGGGCCAAGCUCCCUCUCACAUGAACUGCCUUAUCUGUGAACUUGUCUCACUCCAGGAGGUGUGGGCUGGGGAGUGGGGACUCCAGCAGAGGUUGGGGAUGAAGCGUUUUUAGUCGA